GCCCAAAGUUCACCGAACACCACCACCAUGGCUGUGGAUUUCAGUGGGACCUGGGUGAUGGAGACAAAUGACAACUUUGAGGAGUACAUGAAAAUUCUUAACAUCGAUUUGGUCACACGGAAAAUCGCCGUGCACCUGUCUCAAAACAAGGUUAUUAUCCAGGAUGGAGACAAGCUUACGAUAAAGACACUGAGCACCUUCAGGAACUACGAGGUUCACUUGACAAUUGGGGAGGAGUUUGAUGAGUAUACAAAGGGACUUGACAACAGAAUGCUUAAGACUUUGGUCACCUGGGAGGGCGACACACUGGUGUGCACACAAAAGGGAGAAAAGGCCAACCGUGGAUGGAAGCACUGGAUGGAGGGAGAUAAACUGCACAUGAAGCUGUAUUGUGAAGACGUUGUCUGUCAUCAAGUUUUCAACAGAAAGCAAUAGUGCCAAAAUUAUGGUCACUCUGUUUUACCAACAUUAAUAAUAAUAAUAAUAAUAAUA